GGCUGUCAUCCUUUUCGCUCUAUAAUGUUGCGGACAGUGGUUGUAUGGUUAUUUGACUUGUGAUUGGCUUCGUUUUUGUGGAAGUCACGUUGUUUUCGGUUCUUUUUGGAAUUCAAACAUCAUUACAUUCAUAUUCUUAUAAACAUUUUUUGUAAAGUUUACAUCAUACUACCGAAGUAGUUUUUAAUAAAGUAACUAAUAAUCGUCGACGUUUUUUGUAUUCAAUCGAAUAGCAAUAUGUUUUGGAGCAUAGUUUUAGAACCUGGGAAAAAGUACAGUACGGUAGUGGAUAAUACGUUUCAUCUGUCAAUGGCAACACUUGACUUGAAAACUGUUAAAAAUUCCGAUGACAUUCACACAGUAUAUGUAGAAACUGAUAAUAAUCCACGUGUCAUACUUUGCCAUCUAUCCAAAGGAUCUAAACUGUUCCAAUGUCCAUUAGACCACGUUUUUUUACAGGGGACAGAUUUAAAAUUUAUAACCACUGCUUCGGCAAAUAUACAUAUGACAGGAUAUCUCGAUGUAAGUGAUGAAUUUGGUUCAGACAUGGAAAGUGAAGAUGAUGAGGCUGAAGACGAAGAAGAUGUUGAAGAGUCUCCAGUUACAAAUAAAAAUCAAUUAAAACAGCAAGGAAAUAAACGGAAAUCUGAACAAAUAUCACCUAAAAAAGCAAAAGCAAUUAAAUUGGAUGACAGUAAAGCGUCUGAUGAAGAAGACAGCGAUGAUGAAGUUAUGGACUUUGAAGAUGAUAGUGACGAAGAAGGAUUAAAUGUAAGUGACUUAUUUGAUGAUGAAGCUGAUGAAUCUGACGAUGACGAGGAAGAGGAUUUAGAAGAUGAAGAAGACGAUGAUAGUGAAGAUGAUGAUGAGGAAGAAGAAGAGGACGAUGACGAACCAGUAAUCAAUAAAAAAUCAAAGGCAGAGCAGCAGAAGACUCCAAAAAAGCAAGUAAAUGGCAAUGAGCAAAAAACUCCAAAAAAGGAGCAAAAAACUCCGAAAAAGGAGCAAAAAACGCCCAAAGGUCAAAAGACUCCUGUGCCUAAAACACCAGACGCAAAUCAAUCGCUGUUAAAUGGUACACCUGAAAGUAGUAAAAAAAAGAAAAACAAAGAACCUAAAACUCCACUUGACAAAACCAAACCAGAUACUCCAUUACCAAAAGACAAGCAACAGAACCAGCAACAAAAAUUGAAUGGCGGAGUUAUAAUUCAAGAUUUGAAAGUCGGCGAUGGGGCACUUGCCAAACCUGGAAAGAGUGUGAAAGUUUAUUACAUCGGUCGUCUCAAGUCUACCGGCAAAGUUUUUGACUCAAUGCAGAAAGGAGCUGGUUUCCAAUUUGGACUACAACGUGGUGAAGUUAUCAAAGGCUGGGAUAUCGGUAUUGCUGGUAUGAAAGUUGGAGGCAAAAGGAAAGUCAUAUGCCCACCUCAUAUGGCAUAUGGCGCUAAAGGAAGUCCACCAGAAAUACCCCCUAACAGCACAUUAGUUUUUGAAGUCGAACUUAAACACGUUAAUUAAAUUGAUUCAUUUAUUCCAACUGGUAUUCCUAAUUAUGAUUUGUCAAUUCCUUUUUUUUUUAUCAUCAUUUAAAAUCUUUGAAUAUUAUUUCCAUACCUUAAAUUAACUUGCAUUGUAAAACUGACUUGCAGUAUUUUUUUUUUUAUUGUGUUUUACUUAUUUAACAGUAUAAAAUACAUCAAUAUUAAUUUAUUAUGCUGGUUACAGAAUGUAUUGGAUGCCAAUAUGUAUACAUAAAGCUUUCACAAAACAUUUUGUUUUUAUUUAUGGUCAAUUUGGUUUUGAAGUACAAUUCAUUUUAAUAUUAUCAAGUUUCAAAUAAUUUGGUAAUUAAAUUGCCAUUUUGUGUAAAGUUUUUAUUAGUAUACUGUUGUAAGAUAAUUCUUAUCUUUUAUUGUUCUUUUUUUAUGAAAAACAUGCUAUUCUAGUUGUUAAUGACAAAAUAUAUUAUAAAUGACAAUUUUUUUGAAGUUUUUACAUAAUAAAUGUUGUAUAAAUGAUUA